AUGCAUCUAUCUCUGCGAUUGGUCUCCCUGGCGCUAUGCAUAGCCCCGCUAGCAUCUGCCGGGAACAAUUCCACCCCCCUGGUUCAAGCCUGCACUGGCUACAGCUUCCCACGUGUCGCCUGCAUGUACCGAUAUGCAUCGAAAAUGCCCCUGGACUUCUACCGCAAGGCCAGCACGGACAUGAGUAGCGUGGACACUUACACGUCGACCGAGGUGCCCAAUGACGACUCGUUCCAGCAGGUUGGCAAAGCCACAUUCCUCGUCUGGGACCAGCAGCGUGGUAGCGAGAUCCUAGGAUCCGACCCGGUGUAUGAUAUUAUGUUUACCGUCUCGACUGGCGGACACGAGGCGCCCGUGUACGUCCCCGACACCAACGAGGUGUGGUUCUCUGAAUUAGGUACCGGGGAGCUCCACCAGAAGGUCAUCAGUCUGGAUGGCGAUUCCCCUACCCUCUCAACAAUUCUGACCGACCCACCUAUGUAUGCUCCAUCCGGGGCCCGCUACAGGAAUGGAAAGAUCUAUUUCUCUGUUGGAGGUGGCAAUUCCACUCUGGAGGGGGGUCCUUAUCACCCAGGAAUCUACUCGGUGGACCCCAAAACCCGCAAAUCGACCAUUGAGGUCAACAACUAUUUUGGAUGGUACUUCAACCAGGCCAACGACAUGGAUAUCGACCAGCACGGUCGCAUCUGGUUCAGUGAUCCUUUCCUUGCCCGCAACUUCGGUACCUCAACCGUCGCUCCUCAGGUCCAGGCAUCAGUCUAUCGGUACGACCCCGAGACCGGGGAAGUGAAGGUCGUCGAUGACACACUGCAUUGUCCCAAUGGUGUUGCUUUCUCGCCUGACUACAAAACACUCUACCUCACGGACACUGACGCCGGUGUCACCAUGAUUGACCCGAAAGUGCCAUUGAACGAGGUGCCAUCGCUCCAGUACAACUCCACCAACCGACGCACCGUCUACGCAUUCGAUGUGAGCGAGGACGGCUCGUACCUCAAGAACCGCCGACCGAUCUACACGGCGAAGGACUUCGUUCCUGACGGUCUGAAGGUGGCUAGCAACGGAUACGUGAUUACCGGCGCGGGUCAUGGCGUUGAUAUCCUUGAUACCACUGGCACACCAUUGGUGAGCAUCCAGACGAAUUUCACGGCUGUGAACACGGUCUUUGGGGGCAAGAACUUGGAUGAGCUGUGGAUUGUUGGGCAUGGCGCUGUGGCACGAGCCAAGCUGAACUUGACCGGUCCUGCUCUGCAGUAA